GGCGCCUUUAAGCGUCGCGGUGACACGUGUGUGAGGCCGCCGGAGGCCCGGAUGGUGCGCGUGCUGGGCCGCGGGCCGAAGGAGUCGCCAGGGCUGCGUAGGCUUGUGGCGCGCCCGCGGAGAGGCCGGGGCUCUGACGCCCGCUCUGUGGCUUCGGUGUUUGAACAGGCCACAGCCCAGGAGCGCUUACAUUCAGGAGCUCCGCGUAGCACCUGCCCAGCCAAACUCAGCCCUCCGUUAAGAUCCUGGUUCCAUGCCGCAGUAGGACAGCAGGCCCAAGUCUGCACAUCCCAGUGAUGCACCAUGCCAAUAGUGGAUAAGUUGAAGGAGGCCCUGAAACCCGGCCGCAAGGACUCGGCUGAUGAUGGAGAACUGGGGAAGCUUCUUGCCUCCUCUGCCAAGAAGGUCCUUUUACAGAAAAUCGAGUUCGAGCCAGCCAGCAAGAGCUUCUCCUACCAGCUGGAGGCCUUAAAGAGCAAAUAUGUGUUGCUCAACCCCAAAACAGAGGGAGCUAGUCGCCACAAGAGUGGAGAUGACCCACCGGCCAGGAGACAGGGUACAGAUGUGCAGUGUGCUGGCAGAGAGGCCCUCUCUCCGGGGUGACGAAGUGGAUGGACUUAAAUAUUGACUAAUUAGUAGGAAAAACAAGAGAAUGUGGUCAAAGAGUUAUGAAUUUUUACAUGGGGCAGUGAGCACACGUAUGAGAGCUGUGGUGACGGAGUCCCAGCCCCGCAGAAAGUGCUCUUCCCCACGGAGCGACUGUCUCUGAGGUGGGAGCGGGUCUUCCGUGUGGGCGCAGGACUCCACAACCUUGGCAACACCUGCUUUCUCAAUGCCACCAUCCAGUGCUUGACCUACACACCACCUCUAGCCAACUACCUGCUCUCCAAGGAGCAUGCUCGCAGCUGCCACCAGGGAAGCUUCUGCAUGCUGUGUGUCAUGCAGAACCACAUUGUCCAGGCCUUCGCCAACAGCGGCAACGCCAUCAAGCCCGUCUCCUUCAUCCGAGACCUGAAAAAGAUCGCCCGACACUUCCGCUUUGGGAACCAGGAGGACGCGCAUGAGUUCCUGCGGUACACCAUCGACGCCAUGCAGAAAGCCUGCCUGAAUGGCUGUGCCAAAAUAAAAAUUGAAUGAUCCUGUAUUGGUCCCCCAAGUAUUUCAGAGCUCCCGGAGUCUGGGAAGUGCCAUGGUUGGAUCGUCAAACGCAGGCUACUACCUUGGUCCAUCAAAUUUUUGGAGGGUAUCUCAGAUCACGCGUGAAGUGCUCCGUGUGCAAGAGCGUCUCGGACACCUACGACCCCUACUUGGACGUCGCGCUGGAGAUCCGGCAAGCUGCGAAUAUUGUGCGUGCUCUGGAACUUUUUGUGAAAGCAGAUGUCCUGAGUGGAGAGAAUGCCUACAUGUGUGCUAAAUGCAAGAAGAAGGUUCCAGCCAGCAAGCGCUUCACCAUCCACAGAACAUCCAACGUCUUAACCCUUUCCCUCAAGCGCUUUGCCAACUUCAGCGGGGGGAAGAUCACCAAGGAUGUAGGCUAUCCGGAAUUCCUCAACAUACGUCCGUAUAUGUCCCAGAAUAAUGGUGAUCCUGUCAUGUAUGGACUCUAUGCUGUCCUGGUGCACUCGGGCUACAGCUGCCAUGCCGGGCACUAUUACUGCUACGUGAAGGCAAGCAAUGGACAGUGGUACCAGAUGAAUGAUUCCUUGGUCCAUUCCAGCAACGUCAAGGUGGUUCUGAACCAGCAGGCCUACGUGCUGUUCUAUCUGCGAAUUCCAGGCUCUAAGAAAAGUCCCGAGGGCCUCAUCUCCAGGACAGGCUCCUCCUCCCUUCCCGGCCGCCCGAGUGUGAUUCCAGAUCACUCCAAGAAGAACAUCGGCAACGGGAUUAUUUCCUCCCCACUGACUGGAAAGCAACAAGACUCUGGGAUGAUGAAGAAGCCGCACAUCACUGAAGAGAUUGGUGUGCCCAUAUCCCGGAAUGGCUCCACCCUGGGCCUGAAGUCCCAGAACGGCUGUAUUCCUCCAAAGCUGCCCUCGGGGUCCCCUUCCCCCAAACUCUCCCAGACACCCACACACAUGCCAACCAUCCUAGACGACCCUGGAAAGAAGGUGAAGAAGCCAGCUCCUCCACAGCACUUUUCCCCCAGAACUGCUCAGGAGCUGCCUGGGACCAGCAACUCGAAUAGCAGCAGAUCUGGGAGUCAAAGGCAGGGCUCCUGGGACAGCAGGGAUGUUGUCCUCUCUACCUCACCUAAGCUCCUGGCUACAGCCACUGCCAACGGGCAUGGGCUGAAGGGGAACGACGAGAGCGCUGGCCUCGACAGGAGGGGCUCCAGCAGCUCCAGCCCAGAGCACUCGGCCAGCAGCGACUCCACCAAGGCCCCCCAGACCCCCAGGAGUGGAGCGGCCCAUCUCUGCGGUUCUCAGGAAACAAACUGUUCCACCGCUGGCCCCUCCAAAACACCGCCAAGUGGAGCAGAUUCUAAGACGGUGAAGCUGAAGUCCCCUGUCCUGAGCAACACCACCACUGAGCCUGCAAGCACCAUGUCUCCUCCACCAGCCAAAAAACUGGCCCUUUCUGCCAAGAAGGCCAGCACCCUGUGGAGGGCGACCGGCAAUGACCUCCGUCCACCUCCCCCCUCACCAUCCUCCGACCUCACCCACCCCAUGAAAACCUCUCACCCCGUCGUUGCCUCCACUUGGCCCGUCCAUAGAGCCAGGGCUGUGUCACCUGCUCCCCAAUCAUCCAGCCGCCUGCAACCCCCCUUCAGCCCCCACCCCACAUUGCUGUCCAGUACCCCCAAGCCCCCAGGGACGUCAGAACCACGGAGCUGCUCCUCCAUCUCGACGGCGCUGCCUCAGGUCAACGAGGACCUCGUGUCCCUUCCACACCAGUUGCCAGAGGCCAGUGAGCCCCCCCGGAGCCCCUCUGAGAAGAGGAAGAAGACCUUUGUGGGAGAGCUGCAGAGGCUGGGCUCAGAGACGCGCCUCCCACAGCACAUCAGGGAGGCCACUGCAGCUCCCCACGGGAAGAGGAAGAGGAAGAAGAAGAAGCGCCCGGAGGACACAGCUGCCAGCGCCCUGCAGGAGGGGCAGACACAGAGACAGCCUGGGAGCCCCACGCACAGGAGGGAGGGCCAGGCACAGCUGCCUGCUGUCAGACGGCAGGAAGAUGGCACACAGCCACAGGUGAAUGGCCAGCAGGUGGGAUGUGUUACGGACGGCCACCACGCGAGCAGCAGGAAGCGGAGGAGGAAAGGAGCAGAAGGUCUUGGUGAAGAAGGCGGCCUGCACCAGGACCCACCUUGGCACAGCUGCUCUCCCAUGGGUGAUGGUGAUCCAGAGGCCAUGGAAGAGUCUCCAAGGAAAAAGAAAAAGAAAAAAAGAAAGCAGGAGCCACAGCGGGCAGUAGAAGAGGAUGGGCAUCUCGAAUGCCCAAGGAGUGCCAAGCCCCAAGAUGCUGUUGUCCCCGAGUCCAGCAGCCGCGCACCAUCCGUGAAUGGCUGGUGUCCUGGGGACCGCAUGGGGCUGAGCCAGGCCCCUCCUGUGUCUUGGAAUGGAGAGCGGGAGUCUGAUGUGGUCCAGGAACUGCUCAAAUACUCAUCUGAUAAAGCUUACGGGAGAAAAGUUCUGACCUGGGAUGGCAAGAUGUCGGCGGUCAGUCAGGAUGCUAUUGAAGACAGCAGACAGGCCCGGACUGAGACCGUGGUUGAUGACUGGGACGAAGAGUUUGACCGAGGGAAGGAAAAGAAAAUUAAAAAAUUUAAGAGAGAGAAGAGGAGAAACUUCAACGCCUUCCAGAAACUUCAGACUCGACGGAACUUCUGGUCUGUGACUCACCCAGCAAAGGCUGCCAGCCUCAGCUAUCGCCGCUGACUGUGCCCCUGUGGAAGGAGCCUCCUGGAGACAAGGCGUCCCUUCCUGGGAGCUGUGGGUCUGGAUCUGAGGGAGCUCUCUGUGUGGGCUCUGCUGCGCUGGGAGCCUGUCACGGUAGGAGCUCUCCCGGUACCAGUGUCCACAGACCGCCCGACAUAGAGGCUUUGAGGCUUCUCUAGAUCGGAACCUCUUUGGUGACAUUCCCGACCAGCCCUGCAAGAGAAACGACAGUGUGUGUGUGAGCAGAGGUGGCCGCACACCUGCUGGACAUCUUUGCCAGGCUGUGCCUUCUCAUGUUUCAUAGACAGUGGUCUGUGCUGGCAGAGGCUGCUGCCCCUGGUUGGGGCUAUCAGGAGAGUGGGGGAUGGUGGCCACACGUCCCCCAGGUGGUCUCCCGGUGCAUAGCUGGUGGCUCUGGGCAAGCCAUCCCUUGCUUCUCGGGGCUGACGCCACCGUUGUGUCCGAGCCCGCCCUCCCCUGCUUCCUCAGCGGGACCCCUUCAUCUGUUGGCCUUACCUGUCCUCAGAAAGGAAGAGGUGACCCCACCCAGCCACCUCUCCCUUUUAUGGAACUCAAGAGGGUGGCCCUACUGUGCACCCCUUCCUUGUGAGUAACUCUCAACUGUCCUGGAGAGCAGAAGCUAUUUGGGGUCGGAGGAGCCCUCGAUACCUGCGAAUACAUCUGCUUUCCAGGCUGCUGUUUAUUCUGAGACGACUGUGCUGUAGCUUCCCCUUGCAGCUGCAAUAACCCGCAGGUCUUCACUGAGGUGGAGGCCUUGGGGUAGAAUUCUCCAUUUAUUUUACUACUUAAUACAAAACAUUUAUUUUUGACCAGUCCUGUGGCUUCCAUUAGCAAUAUGUUUCCUUUCCCAAAUAUGCAAAUAGUGGCUUUGUUUGCUCAAUUUUGUGAGUGCUUUGGAAUUUAAAUGAUUGUAUAACUCAAGAAGAUUACUUUUCUAUGUUGCUCAAGCUGUGCCUGCCAACUUGUAACUUAAUAAAUACAGGAAAUCCUCAGAGAAGGUGAUAUUUUCAGGAAAAAGACAAAUGCCCUCAUAGUAGUGGGAAGUGUGAAGGUGACCGUGAACAUCCUUCCUCAUCGGGUCUGUCCCCGUCGUUUCCUCCCGGAGUCGUCGCAGGUGGAGAUGGACAACGUGGUGUUGGACUUAGACCUCCUUCAGUGUGGCUCUGCUGGGCCAGAGGCAUCCUGCUGUCCCGGGUGGCUGCCUCGCUGUCUGCACCCCCUCUCCCUGGGGCAGCUUUGCUUCCUGCCCCUGUGCUCGGGGCCUGGGUGGUUACUGGCGUGUAGAUGGAAUUGCUUUUUUAAUAUGGGAAGAUACAUUUAUUUUUUUCCAUGUGGGUGGGUGUCUCUUUUUGGAUUUUCUUCUGUUUUCACGUUUCUCUUCUUAGAAGGGUGGGAGAGAAUCAAGCUCCUGUGGCCACCAGUGUCCCAGCAGCAGUGAGUGGAGCUGCUCAGGGUGCCCUCUCCUGCGGACCAGUCUCUGAAUGUUCAAAGAUGAGGGCCUGGCUUCCGUGCUCUGGCUUUGUAACUUAUCUGGAAGGGAAAGCACAUGCCUUCACGGCAGGGUAUGUUCCUUUUCUUCUCGGGGUGUUGACUUGCAUUCCUCUGUGAACUGUUCCCUCUGCCAUGUUUACCGUGUGAUGUUCUGUAGUUGAAAAUGUUAGUUGUCUGCUGGCACAGAAUUUAUCUCCUUCCUUUCUCUCCCUUCUCUCCUCCAAAUCAGUCUCUUCCCUUCUCCACUAGAUAACUGUAAAACCUUUCCCUGGGGUACAUAUAUUCGUUAACUCUUGGGCAGUGGUGAGCACGAGAUGACUUUCUGCAGCGUUUAUCACUGUUGGGUGGAGUCACGUCCCUUCCCUCCACCGAAGUCAUCAACCAGAUAGGGAAGGGAAAGAUGAGGCCCAGAAAACGAGUUCAAACUCUAGGUCAUGUACACGUAUGUAAGUAAAUAUCAAUAACCCAAGCCUUUGUCGUGGCAGUCACUUGGUUGACUUAGGAUCUGGGUCUAUUUAAUUUUGUGCUUGGGAAUGGAGCUGGAGGGAGUGGGGCCUGUGUACAGCAGCUGCCUCUCCCAGGUCCUCUCACUUGCCUGCCCCACGUCCUGGUUGCAUGGCCGCACCUGUGUGUGUGCAGAGGUCUGUGUCCCAUCCUCUGUACCUCCUCUCCGGGGGCCUGGGGAGCCCCACGUGUUGCCAAGAUCUUGGUGCAAUAAAAUACUCUGGUUUUGUGA